CUUAGCAAAAACACCGCGUAGCCUACUUUACGCCGAAACUCAUGUAACCGAGGGAGUGUUACGAUCAGAAAAUAGUCUAGUCAAAUUAGUUUAGGGACAAGACUGUUUAUUAAUAAUUUAUUUCACAACCGUAAGAAGGAAAAUGUUAUCGUAAAAAAACAUGUCAAGACCUAGUGUACACCUGCACGUUGAUUGGAUCGUAACUGAAACCUCCCCGGCAGACCCUGACUGGAGUGAUAUCGUUGUGACAAUGGUUGGCAGGGAAGUUACCUUACCCUGUGUUGAUUGGCCUCUCACGGGUUCUGUGAGCAUUAAUUGGAAGAUGAAGUCUCCUAGCGUGGACCACUGGAAACUGGUCCUCUCGGCCAAUGAGAGGCAGCAGUUCUCGGGGGCAGCCUCAAAGGCUUCCAUGCGAUUGGUUGACUCAAACUUUCAGGAAACUGGGGACUUCUCUCUGCUGUUCAUCCCCAAAAUGGAGGACAAGGGUCGCUACUCCUGUCUGAUUAUACAGCAACAGAAGAAACUGAGAGAGAAGAUCAUACUAUUAGCCAUCCUCACAGUCUCUAUCUUUCCUUCAGCCACUCUCCCUCAGCACAGCACACUGCGUCUGAUGGCAGAAGUGUCCCCCGCCUCCGCCGUUUCCGAGGUAACCUGGCUGUCCCCUGGUGGGAAGCCCCUACGAUUGGCAAGGAGGUCAGGGGGGGGUGUUGCCAAGCUGCCCCAGAUACGCCUCACUGACCAGGGGGUAUACAUCUGCCAGGUGUACCCAAGGGGUAACAGCAGCUCCCCUAUGUUCCCCUUCACUGUGGACCUCCGCGUGGAUGGUAUGAAUGUGGCCUCGUUCACCAAUAUAAGCCAUAGUGCUCAGAUCUCUAUGGCCAGUCUCACCCAGACCCCUCUCACCCUCGCCUGCCCUCCGAUGCGGGGCGACUAUGUCCUGCUCUAUUGGAAGCCCCCAGACAGCAGAAACAUCAACACCACAACCCUGGUCUACGAGUACGACCGCUGGAGGGACCGCACAGAGCAGAGCAAGACUCAUGCCCAGCUGAGCCUGGACGGGCCAUUGUCUACCCCAAAAGAGGGUUUCUUCUCCUUCCUGCUGAGCCCGGGGCUGAAUGACGGAGGCCUCUACAUGUGUGAGGUCUUCCUCAAUGACAACGUGUUCAGCCAGAGGACCCUGCUUAGCAUCCUCCAAGUGAAAGCCAGACAUUCUCCAUCAGCCCUGGUCCUGACGUGUCAGUAUGCAGAGCGCUCCCAGGUGAAGCGGGUGGUGUGGAGCCACCAGAACCAGAGUCGCACGCUGAAGUGGAGCUCCUCUGGCCCGGGUCACCUCAGCACCGAGGUCCCCCUGUCCCCCACCCAGGACACGGCUGGGAACUACACCUGCACCAUGCUACUGCGGAACGGACAGGCGGUCAAGGCUGUUUACACCGUCAAACUGCCCCCGAAAGUCCUUCAGUGCUGGAUGUGUGCCCACUCCAUCCUCAUCUCGUUAUCUCCAGAGCCCUGUUGUGAGCUAACCAAUCAGCCCAGAAAUGGAAUAGACAACACAGAGAGCACUACUUCUAUCUCUCCUCCUCACCCAGAGAGCAACAGUGCCUCGCUCCUUCCCUUCCUCUCUGCUUCAUUGCUCCUGGUGCCCCUGAUUGCCACAGUUGCUGGUGUGUUGCUAUGGAGACAGAAAGACAUUUCUCGCCGCGGUAUUGAACAGUCUCUCUCCCACUACUCCGGGGAAGUGGAAAAUAUCUAUGAGAAUCCUGAGGAUGUCAGACAGACUUCCCCCCAGGGUUCAGUGUACAUGGACCUGAAGCCCAGAGUGGAGGAUGAUGUCUACGAGAAAUUGGAUCGAUACAAAUCAUGCAGCCUUCUGGAGACCUCCACAUCUUAGGAUUUAUCAGCAAAAGAUUGAAGCAAUAUUAUCUCACCUCUGUUCAGUAUAUGGACAUUUACAGUGCCUUGACUUUUUUCACAUUUUUGUGUGUUACAGCCUAAAUGGAUUACGUUGAGAUUUUAUGUCACUAGCCAACACACAAUACCUGAUCAUGUCAAAGUGGAAUUAUGUUUUUUGACAUUUUUACAAAUUCAUAGAAAAUGUCAAGCUGAAAUGUCUUAAGUCAAUAAGUAUUCAACCCCUUUGUUAUGUCAAGCCUAAAUAAGUUCAGGAGUAAAAAUUUGCUUAACAAGUCA